AUGUCUGCCACCGACUCCGGCAACCUCAGUCCCCCCGAUCCGAAGCGCAGACGCACCCGGAAGCCCGCCAAGCACACCGUCCAGACGAAGGACGACUUCACCGAGCCCUACAACAUGGACAUGGAAAGCGGCAAAAAGCGUCUCGAGGAGAUCAACGCCAAGUUCACAGCCGCCCGUGACCGCCUCUUAGCCGACUACGAAGCCGAGCAGCGCGAGCUCUCGGAUACCCUCCUCAAGGCCCUCGAGAAGCAGAUGAGCAUCCAGGCCAACACGGACAGGCACUCGAUCCACGUCCUCGCCGAGGCGGCGCAGGACCGGCUCGAAGCCGAGGAGCGCAUCCAGGCGCACGUCGACGGCGCGCAGGCGCGCUUCGAGCGCCUCGAGACGCUGCUGCGCGUGGUGGUCCAGGGACGCAUCGAGGAAGCCGAGGCCGCGCUGCUCGAGGCCGGCGGUCUUGUCAAGCGUGAGUAG